AUGGUGACCCUGGACAACCUGCAGAGAUCCACAGCUCAGUCUUCAACCUUCACUAACAAUGAUGACAUACCAUACAUCGCUGACAGAGCCUUUGAUGGGAAUCACUCCACAUGUUCUCACACCGAGCUGCAGACUGACUCCUGGUGGAGAAUUGACCUGCAGGGUGUUUACAAUAUUUCCUGUAUCUCUAUCUACAAUGUUGACCAGAAUAAUGUUAAUAUAAGCGGUGCUAAGAUCUACAUUGGGAACUCUCUGCAGAACAACGGCACCAGCAACACGCUGGUUAAAAGCAUCUCAGGUUUCACAAACGGCCAGAUCAAUGACUAUGAGUUGUCCCCAUCAGUGUCGGGGCGAUACGUCACCAUCAGCAUACCAGAAAACAUAUUUAUGAUUCUCUGUGAAAUAAACAUCGCUGCCACAGAAAUUGAAUCCCCCUUUAUAUUGAUCAAGGAGAACAAGAGCUGGGAAGAAGCCCUGAACUACUGCAGACGUCACCACAGAGAUCUGGCCUCCAUCCUGGACCAGGAGACUCAGGCCUUUGCUGAGCUGGAGGCUGAGAAGGCCAACAGUCCCUUCGUGUGGCUCGGCCUUCGCUACAUCUGCACCCUGCAGGCCUGGUUCUGGGUUGAUAACUCUGCAAAGUGUAAACAUCGCUAUCAGGAUGGCCAAGAAGAAAACUGCAACACAAGUGGAGCCAUGAAGACACAGGAAAACCAUUCCUGGUUCAACAAGUCUGAUUAUGAAGAGUUUAAUUUCAUCUGUUCGUUAGAGUAAGAUUUCUGA